AUGGAUAGUUUCAAUAGCUGGAUCAGGGCUCACGGCCUUGAUGAGAUUGAGGUCAAUAAUAGAAGGUUCACUUGGUCAAACAAAAGAGUAAACCCAACGCUUGUGCGCCUUGACAGAGUGUUGGUGAACACUGAUUGGUUGCUGGGGUUUGCUCAUGUUUCUGCUGAUGCUAUUCCUACUGUCACUUCAGAUCAUGUGCCUAUUCUAGUACAGUUCAGCCAUGAGGUUAACAAAAGCAACUUGUUUCGCUUGGAAAAUCACUGGUUAGUCAUGGAGGAUACACGCAAGAUCAUCCUGGAGGACGAUGGAAGAGAAACAUGGGCCAGCCUCGAGUUGCUCAUCAUCAACAACAAGCACGUUGUUGAGUUUCUCAACCUGGUGGAAGAACGGUGUCUAUUGUCUUCUCUAGAAAUGGCUCUCAGGCAGUUUGCUUCUGCUAAAGCUGAGCAGCUGAUCCUGUGGGAUGAGAGUAACACGUUUUUCCAUGCUGCAGCUAAUGGUCAUGCUAGAAGGAACAAGAUCCGAGUUAUUAUGCAUGAAGGAGUUGAGUUUUUUGACAUCGCACAGAAACUUCAGCUUGCUACCAACUACUUCUCCGAACUGAUUGGCCAGCCUGCUAUGUCUUUGCCAACUGUCCAGCUGAGCUCUCUGUACCCUGUUUUGGAUCUCUCUUGUCUUGAAAUAGAGUUCACUUGGUCGGAGAUUGUUGCUGCCAUUAAUCAUUCCCCAAACAACCGAAGCCCUGGCCCAGAUGGUUUAACAAACGAGUUCUACAAGCAGUUCCACUCCACUCUUCGGCCUGACCUGAAGCUCUUCUUCUCCGAGCUGUAUCACAAUCGUGUGGACCUGCUCGGGAUCAACACGUCCUUUGUUUCCCUCCUUCCUAAGAAGAGUAUGCCGUUGGAGCUAACAGAUUUCAGGCCUAUAUCCGUUGUGCACAGCAUACCAAAACUGGCCAGCAAGGUUCUUGCUCGGAGACUGCAGUGUCAGAUACCACAUCUUAUCCACUCUCUUCAGUCAGGUUUUGCUAAGGGAAGGUCUAUUGUAGAAAACUUUGCCAUGGCCACAGAUAUGGUUCAGACUGCUCACAAGAGAAAACUACCUAUGGUUGUGCUGAAGCUUGAUUUCCGGAAAGCCUUUGACAAGGUUAGCUGGCAAUGCCUCUUCACCAUCAUGGAAGCUAGAGGUUUUCCUCGGCGCUGGAGUCGUUGGGUCUCCUCUCUCCUAUCGACUGCCAGCUCCAGGGUUUUGAUUAAUGGGCAGCUUGGGGAGUCCUUCAAUGCAAAUAAAGGUUUAAGGCAGGGCGAUUCCACGUCACCUUACUUGUUCAUCCUGGUUGCAGACGUGUUGCAAAGGCUUUGCUAUGCCCAGUUUGAAGCUGGAAACCUGGUUCACCCGCUUGGAUCUGAUCGGCUGUUUCCAGUGUUACAAUACGCGGAUGACACGCUGCUGCUCUUCCAAGGCAACCUGCAACAAGCCAAUGUCAUCGAGCAGAUCCUAACUGCCUUCUCGGAUUUCUCGGCCUUACAUAUCAAUUUUCACAAAAGUACUCUAGUUCCUGUUUGCAUGGACAACACGGUUGCCAGUCAGAUUGCUGCCCUCUUUGGAUGCCCUGUGUCCUCGUUCCUCUGCACAUACCUAGGGCUUCCUCUCUCCUUGCAUAAAAUCAGACAUGGUGUACUUCUGCCAGUUAUACACAGGGUCAAUAAGAGGCUGUCUGGAUGGUUAGCUGCUCUUCUGUCUGCUGGAGUGCAAUAUUGCAAGCAGCAGCUGUUCUCUGGUGCCCAUCACAGGGACACGCCGCUCUGGAAGAACUUUAAGCAGUUCAUUCCUUUCCACAGAAUUUUCCUAUGGCUGGCCUACUGGGAUCGUCUGAAUACUCGGGACAAUAUGGCUAAAAAACAGUGGUCCUCUAUUGCCUCGCAUGCUUCCUGCGACAUCUGCCCAGCUAUCGAGUCUUUCAGCCAUAUAGCUUUGAGAUGUGCUUCUGCCUCUGCUUUGUGGGAGAGAUUUGACCUUCUUGAAGUUGCUCUUAGCUCUGUGGAUUUAUUGGCUUUCUUACAGCAUGCUCACUUGCACUUGCCCGCUUCACGUAAGCUACUUCUUUUGAUUGCUGCUGCCCUGGUCACUCUUUGGCAUGCCAGAAAUGACCGGAUCUUCAAUUGUAAACGCUGGUCUCUGCCUUACACCAGGAUGUAUGCAGCUGAGCUUUUAUCUCUUUGGAAUCACCGUGCACGAAGCCUAGAAGACAAAAAUGCUCUUGUAUGCUGGUCACAGACACUGUUGGCAUAG